GACAAUUUUCAUUGUCCUGCAACAACAUCCUCAAACCCUGACCCAAAAAUAAAACUGCAGCACACAAUCAAUAAAAACAAGUUUACAAUUCUAUUUUCCGCAAAUUUUCAUCUGGAGGACGUAGACAACAAUACGAAAUUGCUUCGUUUGAUACACAGUGGCGUGGAGUGGGCAACGACCUGGUACAUCUAUAAAAAUGGGAGCGAACUCAAGCCGCUUUCAGUGCGCUAUAGCUAGGUCUAACAACAACGCGUUGUGGCAGUAGCAAACCUGAACACCACGUGUGACCCAGUUUUCCAACCAGAAGUGUGCUAAAACGUUUGUGUUUUUACUUUAAAUUAGUGCCUUAUUGAAAAAAGACUGAACCAAAAAAAUUUAAAAAAACAAAAAUACGACGUGAUACAUUGUGAUACUAGAUUAAGAAGUAAUUUGUAAUUUGCUGACUACUCAAAAUGCCUGCUCCCAUUCUUGAAACCAUGGAAAACGAAAACACCUUGGAAAGCAUCGAGCCGCAAGAAGAUCAGCUUGGAGAUUUGAUACCUCCAUCCAAGGUACUCGAUCCAAGGGAUUCAAUUUCUUCAAUUGAUAGCGAUGUAAGUCUGUCUUACGACCGAAAGGGAAGUUUGGUAGAUACGCAAGUUUUGGAAAAUGAAGAUGAAGGGGCACACAUGGCCGACCUUUCAGACAGUGCUUCUGAUACUGGCUCUGCCGGAGGUGGCAAAGACUCCGGAUGCGAAGUGACUCCUGAACUGACUGAACCUCCAUUCAACAUUCCAAGCGACGAGCUGGCUGAAAAAAUCUCCCAACAGGUGGAAUUUUACUUUUCGGACGCAAAUAUUACUAAGGAUGCUUUUUUGCUUAAACACGUGAAAAGAAACAAGGAAGGGUUCGUAUCUUUGAAAUUGAUCUCCAGCUUCAAGCGCGUAAAACAUCUUACUAAAGACUGGCGAGUUGUUGCUUACGCUCUGAAACGCUCCACUAAAUUGGAAAUUAAUGAAGCUGGAACUAAACUAAGAAGAUUGGACCCUCUUCCGAAGUACGACGAAACAACUCCAUCCAGAACAGUUGUCGCUGUUCACAUGCCUAUCGAGAAGCCGACAAUUGAAAAUGUCGCAGAGCUAUUCAAAAAUUGUGGCGAAAUUGCUCUAAUCAGAAUUUUGAGACCCGGCAACCCUAUUCCGACAGAUGUGCGCCAAUUUAUCAACAAAAACCCUUCAUUAGCUGGAGUGGUAUGCGCUUUAGUUGAAUUUGUUGCGUCAGAAUACGCUAGAAAUGCGCUUCAAUUACAAACCACUUUAGGGGAACCUUUAAAAGUGUAUGAAUUGAACAACGUUCCUCAUCCAGAACGAAAGAAGAAAGUUAACAAUAAGAAAGUUUCCAACAACAAUAACAACAUCAUGAACAACAAUAUGUAUUGCAAAGGGUUUAUUUCUGAAUCCGAUUACAUAAGCUCAUCUUGCCAAAGUGGUUCUGAAGCAGAAGACAUCAGGAAGUUUGAUCCAAGAGCAAAAAUGCGACGAGGUUCUUCAGCACACUUCGCAUCCCGUUACAUUGAGCCAGCUGCAUGGCUACAGAGACGCCUUUCAGCCUCAUCUACAGAAGCUAACUUCUUGUAUAUGCCCAGACGAUUGUCUUACAGUUCCAGGGAUUCCAGUGAUUCCAGUUUAUUUUUACCGCGUAGAAUGAGUGCAUGCAGCAUUUCCAGCGGGGACAGUUUCUAUAAUCGAAGAAUGUCAGCUGUUAGUCAAGCAUCAGAUGCUUAUCCUAACCGAUCCAGAAGCAACAGCUCAGCUUUCCAGAAUGGUGACAAUAUACUUAGAAUGCCUAAGGGGCCAGAUGGAAGUAAGGGAUUUUGCAGGCAGAGGCCUAGUCUUCCUACACUUGUGCAAUAGGUGAAUUAGUUGUGCGAUUCUUUGGGAACCUACUUUUUAAUUUUUGAAAAUUGUCCCUGAUUGCUGCUCGAGUAAUUUUUUUAUAUUUUCUGGGUUGACUUCUCGGCUCUUGAUUUCAACGGAAAAAAGGAGUUGUUUGUGUCCGGUUAUGGUUUAUUUUGUUCGAAGUAGACCUUGGGAAAUGUAAAAAAAUAUACAUAAUUAUGUAAUAAUUUAAUUAUUAGAUUUUCGAGAAAUUUUAAGCAAUUGGAAGCAAAGUGAAGGUAGAGAAGUGUAGUGAACUAUGCCGUCUUGGGAAAUAUGUUUAAUGGUACUUAAAGUUUACAUUUCUGUGGUUUUCAGGAUAAUUCAUUUCUAAUGUCGGUUUUAAUUAAAGUUCUACAUAGUUUUAAAUAAUUGACUGAAUUGUUGAAAAUUUUUAAAGUUCGGUAAUUUUUUGUCUAUUUUAACUUCCAAGUAUAUGUUCCCUGUUUAGCUAGGAAGUCGCUGAGGUUGCUACAGGCGUAAAGUAGUAAAUGUCCCAGUCUUCCAGUUUUGGUUGCAAUGAGAAAAUAUACAAUUUCUCGUACUUUUUGUAAAACCAGCUUUUUAUUACUUUUAAGUAUUGUUUAUAGUAGGUAUAUACUUUUUUCUUUAACGCAGUUGUGAAAUUAAUUGGAUUUUGUUACUCUUCCGAUAAAACGUAAUUCUGUCUCCUGCUGGAAGUAAUCGUUUUUCAGCUACAAAGGUUUAUGAUUUUAGUCGCUACGUUUAUUAAUUUGCUUUACAUAUGGGUAAUAAAACGCAUUAAUAUUUACAAUUUUUUUCAAUGUCACUUGCCGCUUACACAGGCUUUUAAGUAGGCUGCGGUUCAAUGAAUUUACAAGUUCAGGUGUUGACCUAAAAAUUUCGAAUGUAAUAAACUUAUGGGUUCAAUAUAGUAUUUAUUGGUGUGUUGUUAUACUCCAUAUUUUAGCAAUGAGUAACUGCAACAUCACUUCAAUGAAUCAUCAAAAGUAAAAGUAGUUUAAAUGUGAUCGAUUAUUUAUUAGGCACAGUAAAUAAUUCGGUAGACUUUUCCAUGUAUGUAGUAUAUUUAGCCAAGAUUUCUGAGGCCUCAAACAUGCAAUUUAUUACAAAGCGAUUAACAAUCGAAUAGUAUGAAACUCGUGAUCUAUGUCGACUACUUUUAGAGGUGGCACACUUGAAAUUUCUUUUAGAUCAGCAUGCAAUUCGAAGCCAUUAUCUGAGAACUUAAGCGCUAACGGUACACAAUUGUCCGAAGUUGUCCGGUCGUUCUUUGAAACGAGUUUUCCAAAUAGAGCAUUCACGAAGAACAACCGCCACAAUUUGUGUUUAAGUAUUUAUAAUUUACUCUAAUCAAAUAUUUGGUAUCGACUUUACUGCAAUUCAUUUAUUUUACUUAGUACUAUAGAAUACUAGUUUCUUAAUUAAUUAAUUAAUUAAUACAUUAACUGAGUUUAUCGAUUCUACAUGGAAAGUCCUCGUUGGUUUAAUUAAAGCAUAAGGCAGGCGGCGAAGUCGGUUCUCGUCCUACAUUUUGUAAAAUCUAGAUGCUUUCACUUCAAGUUCAAAAACGCACAAGUUGUUACCAAUUAAACGGUGUUACCGAAAAAAAACCCACAUUUUCUCGAUUAGCUGUUAAUAUUCUGUGUUAUCAAUUUUAAAACUAUCUUUUUACUGGCUUUGGGUAUAUUUUGCAGUUGAAUGAAUGUUAACUUAAUUGCACACUUAACUCAUCUGUGUCAGGGAUCAUUUGUUCUAUGAAUUUUGUUAAAAAAAAUACAAUAUUUGAUUUCAUCAAAAGCAACCGAAGUCAUUAAACUACGAAAUAAGUUAUCACCAUAACGAGCUUCAUAUAUUCCAAUUAGAUGUGCACUAUACAUUCUAAUUUUAAAUCAGCUCAGUUACUUUCUAUUCAUUAUUUAAUCUUCGAUAUAGUUGGAGAAAGCUUUCCAUUCUGUAUUAAAUUAGCCAUAAAGUAUUCCUCGUUUAACUUGUUUUACUAUCACCUUUCUUUCUGUGUAUUGGUUGGUUGGUUUAUUUCGUCAAAUACUUAAUAUUUGUAUGAUUGGAGUAUUGAAAAAUUAAGGCUUCUGUGUUAUGUUUGAUGUUAUUUAGAUCUGUUUUGUUCUAAAAGCAGUAAUUUUAUAAGUAAAACUAUUUAUAAAUACAGUUGUAUUUUACAUAAAUAUUUAUGUUUAGAUGUUUGUAGAGUUAUGGAUUUUGUUGAAGUAACUUUAGGAUUUCUUAGGUUAUUAAUUGGCUGGUACUAAUUUAAAUAGGUCGAAACAGUUUUCAAAAUACUAAUUUUAAUAAUAUUAGCAUUUUUAUGUUUUUGUGCUAUUUUUCUAUUAGAAUGUUGAUUUAUUUAUUACUAGCAAUAAUCAGUUACAUGGCGAUAGAAUGGCGAUAGUCAUACAUUUGGAAUUGCGUAGUUAAGGGAAAACGAUACUUUAAUUUCUGCUUUCCUCUAGUUUAUUUUUUUGUGGACUUCAUUAAUAAUUUUAAUUUUAGCUUUUUGUAUAUAGUAUUUAUUGAUAUUAUUUAUAUUGUUUGGGUUAAUACAGAUAUAAUUUGAAAAUUG